ACAGAUGAUGGCAGCCUGGGCCACCAGACACCGGAUGUGAUGUCAAUGAAAUCAAGGCACAGUCCAACUAAAUACGCUUUGUCGACCUCUAGUGGGGAGCACACUGGUUCCCACAGUUGUUGGCUGUGUCCUAACUUGAUCUCUUGAGACAGUUUUACCAAAGCUGAGGAGUACGAAACACCUUCCAGAAACUGAACCGACCUUUUCAGACGUUUUCAGUACAGAAUAAGUCAGUAAGUUGGAUGAAGUUACCUCGAGUCUGUCUGCAUGAAAACAGGCCUCGAGGUCUGAAAACUCCACAUCUGUAUUUAAGAGUCCAAACCAGCGGUUUGAGUCAAACAAAGUACUCGAGCAGAACUCUCUGCUUAAAUUUAUCCCUCGUAUGUAUCAGAUGACUUCUUUGAGUAGCGAGUGACUCAUUCAUUCAGACUGCACACCCAUUACAGUGGGAUGGAGAGAGAGGGAGAGAGAGGGAGAGGAACAACCACCUACCAAAUGCCAAACUUGAGGCCAGCCUCUCUCCUCUCCUCCCAUCUCAUUCUUUCCUAUAUGGGCACUCACAGAUUAAUCUGCAGACAGCGCAGUAACAGGCUGAACACUGCUGAGGACACUCUGAUCACAAGAUUUUCAAAAAAGAAAGAAAAGAAAGUCUACGAUUCAUCCUCGGAGCAGAGUUUUCUCUUCAUCUGAUCGGCUUUGAAAAGAUUCCAGAUAGCUGCCAUGGCGACACCCAAAAACACCCCCCGAGGUGCAAACACUCCCCUCGUGUCCCCAAAUCGCAUCACCCGUCUCCAGGAGAAGGAGGACCUGUCCAACCUCAACGACCGCCUGGCCGUCUACAUCGAUAAAGUGCGUUUCCUGGAGGCCGAGAACGCCGGCCUUCGUCUGCGCAUCACCGAGUCCGAGACAGAGGUCAGCCGAGAGCUCACGGGCCUGAAGGCCGCUUACGAGAGCGAGCUGGCCGAUGCCCGUCAGACUCUGGACUCCGUGGCCAAAGAGCGAGCUCGCCUGCAGCUGGAAUUGGGCAAACUUCGAGAGGACUACAAGGAGCUGAAAGCGAGGAACACCAAAAAGGAGUCAGACUUGGCCGGCGCCCUGCAGAGGCUCAAAGACCUCGAGGCUUUGCUCAACUCCAAAGAUGCGUCCUUGACUACGGCGCUGGGAGAGAAGCGAAACCUCGAAGUGGAAAACAGGGACCUAAAGACGCAGGUUGCCAAGCUGGACACCAGUUUGGGCGAUGCCAGGAAGCAGCUGCAGGAUGAGAUGCUGAGGAGGGUGGACGGAGAGAAUCGCAUCCAGACCCUCAAAGAGGAGCUGGAGUUUCAGAAGAACCUCCACUCCGAGGAACUACGGGAGACAAAGCGGCGCCAUGAGUCUCGUAUGGUGGAGUUGGAUAACGGGCACCAGCAGGACUUUGAAAGCAAGUUGGCGGAGGCGUUGGUGGAGAUGCGUAACCAGCACGAACUGCAGAUCAAAAUGUACAAGGAUGAGAUAGAGAAGACCUACAAUACCAAGCUGGAUAACGCUCGUCUGUCGGCGGACAGGAGCAGCCACCUGGUUGGAGCAGCCCACGAGGAGCUCCAGCAGACCCGAGUCCGUCUGGAGUCCAUGUCCUCUCAGCUCAGCCAGCUGCAGAAACAGUUGGCGGCCCGCGAAGCGAAGGUCAGGGACCUGGAGGAUGCCUUGUCUCGGGAGCGAGACACCACACGUCGUCUGCUGGGUGAGAAAGACAGAGAAAUGUCCGAGAUGAGGCAGCAAAUGCAGCAGCAGCUGGACGAGUACCAGGAGCUCCUGGAUGUCAAGCUGGCUCUGGAUAUGGAGAUAUGUGCUUACAGGAAGCUGCUGGAGGGAGAGGAGCAGAGGCUGCGCCUCUCUCCCAGCCCCCCACCCAUCAAAGUGACAGGAAGUCGUUCCUCUGCUUCGGGCGCUCACUCUCGAUCAGUCCAAUACAGCGCUCAAGGCUCUCCAACCAAGAGACGCCGUCCCAACGACACCGACAGCGAGGCUUCGAGCUUUGCAGGUGGAGCUGUGGCCCGCACUCGCAUCACCCAGCAGGCCUCGGCCAGCGGACGGGUCACCGUGGACGAGGUGGACCUGGAUGGGAAAUAUGUCAGACUGAGCAACAAAGCAGAUGAGGAUCAAAACUUGGGGAACUGGCAGCUGAAGCGUCAGGUGGGAUCUGGUGCUCCCAUCAUCUUCAAGUUCCCGGUGAAGUUCAUCUUGAAGGCAGGGCAGAGGGUCACGAUCUGGGCCUCUGGUGCUGGUGGAACCCACAGUCCUCCAUCCGACCUGGUGUGGAAGGGUCAGCCCUCCUGGGGCACCGGAGACCUGCUGCAGACCAUCCUGAUCAGCGCCAAUGGAGAGGAAAUGGCGAUGAGGAAGAUCACCCGCACACACAUGGAAGAAGAAGACGAUGACAUGCAGGUUGCUCACAGCACCUGUGGUGACAGCGAGUACAACCUGCGGAGCAGGACGGUGGUUUGCGGCUCCUGCGGACUUCCCUCGGAUAAAUCCAGCAACUGCUCCGUGACUUCAGCUUCCCGCUCUUUCCGCAGCGGGGGCCUCUCCGAGGGUUUACUGCCGCACUCCUACGUGUUCAGCACCAGCACUCCUCGCAAGGCUGGACUCAGACUGGAGAACUGUAAAGUGAUGUGAGCCCGUGGAUCCAUGCUGAAACACUUCAACUAUUCAACCAGUUUUCAGUUAUUAGUUCUUUAGUUACCAGUUGUAGUUAUUAAGUUCAGGUCAUGUACUUUUAUUCUAAGCAAUAAAACUUUAUACUGCUUUUUUUUAUAAUGUACAUAAGCAUGCUUCUUGAUGAUUAAAUGAUGCAUACAUUAAGUUUCUACCUUCCACCUUGUAGUCCAUUAUGAGCCUAACAGCUACUUUAACAGCUUAAAACAACCGUUUGUUUGGGCUAAUUGUCCCUGUUACAUCAAACUCUCAUUACUCUCUGUAGUGUAAGUACAUUUAUUUUGAAGAUAAUUGCUUCAGGAGUUAAAGCAAGUAAACGGACCCAAACUUUGCUACAGAUCAACAGAAUAUUUUGUAUUUUUUACUGAUAUCA